GCCCUUCAGGCGGGGGUCUGGGCUGCCAAGUGUUGCAGGGGUGGGUUUUUCGGGUUUAGCCCCUCGGGUUAGCAGUAAUUGUUCGCAAGCGUGCUGCGCUCACAUUGGCUACCGCGGGUUCCCAUUUAGACCUGCCUUUAUGUUGUUUGGGGGGAAAAUGUUGUAUUAGUGUUGCAUGUGAUAGUGUUAGAAGAGGGUUGUUAAUCUAUUAUGCUUUUUUUUUUUUUUUGCUGUCGCAUGUUGGACAAAUCUGCAUGUGGAUGUAUCUAGCGUGCUAUAAUCCAAAGUGCAUUCAAAAGGGAUGUUCUUGCUGAUUCAAGAAAACAUAGUUCUGUCCAGGACUCUACACUGGGGAUAAGGACAUGGGACGACUCCUGCCGGAUUCCAGAUGGUUCAUUACAACUGACAUCUUGGUUGACAACUGUGAAAAGGAACUUUGGAUUAUUUUAUUUUACUUUUGUGGGAGACCACAAUCCCCAAACUGUAGGAUAUAUCAGGUUCCAUAUUUCUUGUAGAAUUUUAAAAUAACCUUUUCUAAUGAGGAUGUCUGAUAUUCUUACUGUAAAAGAUGAAACUGAUGCAAUGAAGGGUUCAGAAGCUGAAUUUAAAGAUACAGACCCAGUUGAAAACCUUAUAAAAUCAGGAAGUCAGGAGCAGAUUCAUGUGGAAAAGGAUGAAAAUUGUCCUGAUAGCAAAAACAAUAUGCCGCGGCCAGUGCAGUCUUUUGGACAGACAGCAAAAAGGUCGAAGUCAAACACAAAGUUAAAGUUAGUUCGGAGCCUUGCUGUAUGUGAAGAAUAUCCACCACCUCCCACAGCUGAAAUAUCACGGGACCUCCAGGAGAAAAUUCAGAUCCAGUUGUCACAGUCUUUUGAAAAAGAAGAAAAGCCUGCGAAAGAUGAAACAGAAAAGGAAAAAUCCAGUGAAAAAUUGUCCAGAAAAAUGUUAUCAAGAGAUUCCAGCCAAGAAUAUACGGAUUCCACUGGUAUAGAUCUUCAUGAAUUUUUAGUAAAUACAUUAAAAAACAAUCCCAGGGACAGAAUGAUGCUGCUGAAAUUAGAACAGGAAAUUUUAGAUUUCAUUGGUAAUAAUGAAGUUCCAAGAAAAAAGUUUCCCCCAAUGACAUCUUACCAUAGAAUGCUGUUGCACAGGGUAGCUGCUUACUUUGGAUUAGAGCACAACGUGGACCAGAGUGGGAAGUCAGUCAUAGUAAAUAAAACUAGCAAUACAAGAAUACCUGACCAAAAGUUUUGUGAGCAUAUAAAGGAUGAGAAGAGUGAUGAUUUCCAGAAGCGGUACAUCCUUAAAAGAGAUAACUCUAGUUUAGACAAAGAUGACAACCAGAUGAGAAUACGAUUAAAAGAUGACAGAAGAAGUAAAUCCAUAGAAGAACGUGAAGAAGAAUAUCAGAGAGCUAGAGAAAGAAUAUUUGCACAAGAUUCCCUGUGUUCCCAAGAGAAUUAUUUCACUGAUAAAAGAAUCCAGGAGGAAGAAACUAAUAGUACACAACAAAGACGACAGAUACUUAGAAUCAAUAAGGAAACAUCAGGGAGAUCAGCCAACAGCCAUCAGAGCAGUACUGAGAAUGAGCUGAAGUAUUGUGAACCCCGUCCCUGGAGCAGCACCGACUCUGAUAGCUCCAUCCGCAAUCUGAAGCCAGCUGUAACGAAAGCCAGCAGCUUCAGUGGGAUAUCAGUUCUGACAAGAGGAGAUAGCUCUGGAAGCAGCAAAAGCACAGGCAGGCUGUCUAAGACAGGUUCAGAGUCUUCUAGUAGUGUAGGGUCAUCCACGGGUUCUCUUUCUCACACCCAGCAGCCUCUUCCAGUGCCAGCUCUAAGCCAGCCUUCUCAUGGCACGCCUGCCGUCUAUCCAACUGUCAGCACUAGUAACUCUCUUUCCUUUGAUGGUGGCAUAAGCGGGCAAGUGGCACCUACUAGCACUAGCUUCUUUUUGCUUCCCUUGGAAGCGGCAGGCAUACCGCCUGGCAGUAUUCUGAUCAACCCUCAAACAGGUCAGCCAUUCCUUAAUCCAGAUGGCACUCCAGUUGUGUACAAUCCUCCUAUGCCUCAGCAACCUGUUAGGACCCAAGUGCCUGGACCUCCGCAACAGCCACCUCUUCCCACGCCACCUCAGCAACAGCCAGCAGCUAAUCACAUCCUCUCACAGCCUAUGCGGCCUCUGCAGCCUUCUUCCCAGCCUGUUCAGUACUCUGCAGUCUCUUAUCCACCCCCGCUCCUGCCAGUCUCCUCUACACAGCAAUAUUCUGUGCAAGACAACCUAGGAUCACAAUUUAGCCAUAUGAGUCUUGCCCGCCAGCCACCUGCUGAUCCCGCUGAACCUCAUACUGCGAUGUUCCAGUCCACGGUAGUCCUACAACCCCCACAGCAAUCUGGUUAUAUCAUCGCAGCUGCCCCACCUCCACCACCCUCUGGGCAACCAGUUUCUGCUCCAGGCUACUCAACAUCUAGCCACCCUGUCAACCAGCAAGUACUCCAGCAGCAGGGAUAUAUGCAGCAACCUGUGCCACAGAUGCCAGCUUGUUAUUGUACCCCCAACCAGUAUCCGCACUCCAGUCAACAAUACCGACCUGUUUCUGUCCAUUACAACACACAGCAAAACCAACCACUGGCACAGCCUGGGCAGCAGACAGGUUACCAGGUUUUGCCUAACCAGCAGCAAAACUACCAAGGUUUAGUUGGAGUUCAUCAGUCUCAGAAUCAAAAUCUAGUCAGUGGCCAACACAACAACGUUGGGAAUCAAAUUCAAGGUGUGAUUGUUCCGUAUCCUUCAGUGCCAUCUUAUCAGGUUUCGGUGCCUCAAGGUUCCCAAGCAGUGCCCCAGCAGACAUAUCAACAGCCUGUUAUAAUUCCCGGUCAGUCAAAUCAAGGGUUGCCCACAACAGGGAUGCCAGUUUACUACAGUGUCAUUCCAUCAGGUCAACAGAAUAACUUAAGUUCAUCAGUAGGAUAUUUGCAGCCUCCUGGAUCAGAGCAAAUACAGUUUCCUAGAACAUCAUCACCGUGCAACUCUCAGCAGCUUCAAGGACAGCAGUGUGCAGUUUAUAGCAACCAUUCGAGUCAGAAGCCAUCACCUCCUACAUUAUUGCCACCUUCAUCAAAGUCAAAGCCACAACAGGCUGCUUCCAUUGUGCACUACAGCAUAGUGUCUCCACCCUCAUCAUGUAAAAGUUCGCCCACUGGUCUUUCCAUCAUGCAGCCAAUAAAAGCGGUAGCACCACCACCAGGUGGAGGAGUAGUAAUGAUGCAGCUCAAUAUCCCUAACAACCCUCAGCCUCGCAACCAUUCACCUCCACAGUGGAAACAGAAUAAAUAUUACUGUGAUCAUCAAAGGGGACAGAAGUCUGCAGAACUUAGCACUUUAGACAGUGCUGCGCAGUUGCAGCACAGUCCUCAACUAGGUAGUCCUGUCACCUCACCGGCCCAAUCACCAGCACCAGCUCAGCUAUCAAACAUGAAGAACAUCCGUCCCACACUGACACCUCUUUCUAUUGUGCCCCAGUUUUCUAGACCUUUUGUCCCUGGACAAGGAGAUGCCAGAUACCCAUUGCUUGGCCAACCCCUGCAAUACAAUCCGCCAUCUUUGUUACGUGGACAAGUAACAAGCCAACAGUGUCAACCUGGAAACAGACAUGGAAACAGGGGAAAGAAACCAGCAAAGAAGGCUGCUUCAGCAGAUCUUGGUGCAGGAGAACCAGUUGUGGGAAAAGUUCUAGAAAUUACUGAGCUGCCAGAAGGCAUAACUCGUGUGGAAGCGGAAAAACUAUUUGGAGAACUUUUAAAAGUUGGUGCCAAGAUCCGGUGGCUAAGGGAUUCACAGUGUCUACAAACACAGCAGCAGCAGCACCAUCGUCGUUACUGUGGCAGUGGAGACAGUGGUGUGAACACUGAGCCAUCCAAACCUAGUGACUUGGCUUCCACUUACACGGUUCUAGCUACGUUCCCUACAAUGUCAGCUGCUCAGAAUGCGUUGAAGAAACAAAGUAGUACCUCAGUGAACAAGUUCAGGCUGAGAACAAGCAAGAAGCACUACGACUUUCAUGUUCUGGAAAGGGCUAGUUCUCAGUAGCAGUUACAUCAGUGGACACUCAGCCUUUACUACUUCCAUGUCCUCCGCUCCUUGAUUGGCUUGAUGUUUUGGGGUUGCUGGUCUCUUCGCAGAGACUCCGGGGAUGUUUUGUCAUAUGACAUUAGCCAUUGAAGAAUAAAUAACCCAGUGAUCCAGCAAGAUGAAGAAGAAAAAUACAGAGUUAAUCCCAGACAACAGCAAGGAAUCAUCUUUAAGACAGGCAGCUUUCUACAAGGAAUGCUGUUGGAAUGCCCCCUACUUUUAUAGUAGUUUUGUUUUAUAUUUUUGAAUUCUUGUAUCAGAUCCAAAGUUCUAUUGUACAGCAAACGUUCAUAAAAAUCCAUAUUCAGAUUUGUAUUUUAUAAGCCCUUUUCACAGCCAGCACACAGCUGUCCAUUCCAAGGCAGGAACCUGAGGAUUGGUAGAGGGGAAAAGAGAACCAUUUUCAAGAAACUCCACUCAUUUUCUAGCAAACUACCCCAAAUCUUCAAGUUAAACUGUUCUUUGUCCCUUGUGAUUUUGUUUUGGUUUUUUUUUUCCUUUGGUAAGAAAAAAAAAAAUAUAUAAUUUUAGUAACUAACUCCUUAGAUGGUCAUUUUCUUUUGAGAUUCAUUCAAGCAGUGUCAAAAGAAAUUACAAGUAGGUUGUACCCUUGAAGGAUUCACUUCUGAUCCAGCAAGUUUAGUAAUUAUUUAAAGGAGAAUAUGAAUAAGUUUCAAAGAAUGUUCACUGAAUCACAUUUUAAUAUUUCUUCUUUUUAGCAAAAAUGUGAAGAAACUAAAAUAUAUCUUCACAGGUGACAAAAUGUUUGCACUUUAAUUGUGUUCCCACCAGUAUGGAUCUCUUUCUCUUCCUUUUCACGCUAAGAUAAUUGUGUUUAAGUGCUGGAAACCUUUUUAAUGGUUUAAGUUUUCAUCAUUUGCAGAUGCUCACUGGACGUUAAAAGAUUCAUUGCACAUAAAUGAAACAAACUUUUUUCAAUUUGUGUAAUUUGCAAGGCUGUACAAUGUGUGCUGAUGCAAGCCUUUUUCAGUUCAAGAAAAUAAAUGUUUACAAACA